AAACACAACUUCAAUAAAGGUUAGGGUUUUACGAGCGGCUGUCUCUUCUCUUCUCAUCUGCAACCUCUCAAACCCUAGUCUGAAGUUUGAGCUUCUUUUCACUCAGCAAACAUGGGGAAGACACGUGGUAUGGGAGCUGGACGCAAGCUGAAGUCCCACCGUAGAAGACAAAGGUGGGCUGACAAGUCCUACAAGAAGUCCCAUCUUGGAAAUGAAUGGAAGAAGCCAUUUGCUGGCUCAUCCCAUGCUAAAGGCAUUGUGCUUGAGAAGAUAGGUAUUGAGGCUAAGCAGCCCAACUCUGCUAUUCGUAAAUGUGCUAGGGUUCAAUUGAUCAAAAACGGGAAGAAGAUUGCUGCAUUUGUUCCUAAUGAUGGUUGUUUGAACUACAUUGAAGAAAAUGAUGAGGUAUUGAUUGCUGGAUUUGGUCGAAAGGGUCAUGCCGUGGGAGAUAUUCCCGGUGUCAGGUUCAAGGUGGUGAAGGUAUCUGGUGUAUCUCUCUUGGCUCUCUUCAAGGAGAAGAAGGAGAAACCAAGAUCUUAAUUUUUCAUUUUGCCAAAAUACUGUUGCCAUGUACUUUUAGCUGUCUUGAGUUACUACUUUCUUGAACAACUAUUUUUAAUCUAGGCAUAUUGCACUGGAAUUUCAGUUCAUCCCUGUUGAGUUCA